AUGCCCGUCUAUAAAGUCCAUGGCUUCCAAUGGCCUCGCGGUGGCAUACCCAGUAUUCGUGUGUUCAUCGUCCUCGAGAACCUCGACGAUGCAGCAGCCGAGUAUAUCCAGCAGAAACGGACCUCGGAACUCAUCCUGGGUGCUUUGAAGAAAAACCAUCCUCAAGCGACAGCACACCUACCAGACCUACAAUUGAUCGAGCAAUACGACCCGCUAGACACGUCGAAUGCCGCCGUAAGCCAGCCGUAUGCCUUUGUGGCAGAUCGCGUCACUGUUUUGCCAGAUCACACCAGACCGAGACAUGGUCUGAGUGCGAGUAUUGACCAGCAUCAGCUGGACGAAAUGAUCUCGCCGGAAGCACGCGACUCCCUGAUCGAGAUCAGGGAUGCCAUUGCCCCUGGAGAGAAGAUUGGUUGGUGGAUGGUUUACAAUGGCGACCCGGAGAGGUACUACCCUGAAAUAGACGAGGAUAACUACAUGUACGACGACGAAAGUAUUUUGAGCUCUGAAACUGGGCAUUCAUCCAUUUCUGAGAUUCCGUCUGAACCUCGUGGAGGGGUUGAAAGCAAUACUAGAGCAAUAUCUCGAAGCGGACCACCACCUGUACCUAGUGUUCCUCCUGAAUCUCCCAAAACCAAUAGCCCGGGCUUGAAAAAGAAGAGAUCGUUCUGGAAAAGACGCGCCUGA